CGCGCGCCCGCCCGCCCGCCGGGGCCUGUGCGCUGCAGCGCGUGCGCGAGCGGUGCAGCACCGGCCGCGGGAGCAGGGAGUAUUAUGGGCUGUGGGUGCCGCUGAGCAAGAUGGAGCUGUCUGCAGUGGGCGAGCGGGUCUUCGCGGCCGAAUCCAUCAUCAAACGGCGGAUCAGGAAGGGACGCAUCGAGUACCUGGUGAAAUGGAAGGGGUGGGCCAUCAAGUACAGCACUUGGGAGCCCGAGGAGAACAUCCUGGACUCGAGGCUCAUCGCCGCCUUCGAGCAGAAGGAGAGGGAGCGUGAGCUGUAUGGGCCCAAGAAGAGGGGACCCAAACCCAAAACUUUCCUCCUGAAGGCGCGGGCCCAGGCCGAGGCCCUCCGCAUCAGUGAUGUGCACUUCUCUGUCAAGCCGAGCGCCAGCGCCUCCUCGCCCAAGCUGCACUCCAGCGCAGCCGUGCACCGGCUCAAAAAGGACAUCCGCCGCUGCCACCGCAUGUCCCGCCGCCCCCUGCCCCGCCCAGACCCCCAGGGGGGCAGCCCGGGCCUGCGCCCGCCCAUCUCGCCUUUCUCCGAGACCGUGCGCAUCAUCAACCGCAAGGUGAAGCCUCGGGAGCCCAAGCGGAACCGCAUCAUCCUGAACCUGAAGGUCAUCGACAAGGGCGCCGGUGGAGCGGGCGCCGGGCAGGGCGCCGGGAACCUGGCCCGCCCCAAGGUCCCCUCUCGGAACCGCGUCAUCGGCAAGAGCAAGAAGUUCAGCGAGAGCGUCCUGCGCACGCAGAUCCGCCACAUGAAGUUCGGCGCCUUCGCGCUGUACAAUAAGCCGCCCGCGCCCGGCCCUCUGCCGGCCCCGCCAGCCAGCAAGGCCGACCUCGCCGCCUCCACCGCCCCGGGGCUGCUCCUCGCCGCCCCCACUGCCUCCUACGAUGCCCGCAGCUCCAGCUCCUCCGGCUGCCCCUCGCCAGCCCCACAGUCCUCCGACCCUGACGACUCACCCCCCAAACUGCUCCCCGAGACCAUGAGCCCAUCUGCCCCCGACUGGCAAGAGCCGGAGGUGCUCGACCUGUCCAUCUCUCCCGAGUCGGCAGCCACCAGCAAGCGGGCACCUCCCAGCGCCACUCCAUCUGCCAGCCAGGAGCCUCCCCCCGCCCCCGAGCCCGCGGGCACCUCCUCUGAGCCGGAGGCUGGGGACUGGCGCCCUGAGAUGUCGCCCUGCUCCAAUGUGGUCGUCACCGAUGUCACCAGCAACCUCCUGACAGUCACUAUCAAGGAGUUCUGCAACCCUGAGGAUUUCGAGAAGGUGGCAGCUGGGGUAGCAGGCUCCGCGGGUGGGGGUGGCAGCAGUGGGGUGAGCAAGUGAGGGGGCUCCAGCAAGGAGGAGGCUUUGGGGGGCCCUCCUGCCAAAGGCCACACUCUUGCUCCCACCCCCACCCUCAGACACCCGCCUGUGCUUUGCUUGUUUCCAGUGGCUCAAUGUUAACCCUGGGAUGGGUUGGGCAGUUGGAACCCCUUGCAGCCCAGUGGGGUCAGUCCUGGACCAGAUUAGGGCUGGAGUGGGGCAGAGGCACUGGGAAGUCCUCUUGUCGUUGGCCCUCUCUCCCCAUGCACAGUGGGGCCCACUGGGUGACUCCUAGGGAGCCCCAGAACCUGGGGUUCAGCUGCCUCCUCCACAUCCUGCCCUGUCUCCCCAGCUUGCUUCCAGCUCUCGCGCGCACAGCAUCUGAUUUCUCGGUGCUAACCGGGCAGCCGGGGGGCCCCUGAGGAGACCCCCUCCCAGCAUGGGCACCAUCCUCUCCUUCCUCCAGGUGCCGGGGCCGGAGGGGCAGGGAUGACAGAGCCCAGGCAGGUUGAGGAGCCCAAAGAGGGUGGCAGUGCCCAGAGCAUGGGUCUGCCCACUUCUGGAGGAGACAAGCGCUCCUUUAGGCCCCACCCACCUCUCUACUAACCCCCGUCUGGCAGGUGGGGGGAGCUGGCAGGACCUCACCUGCCACAGCCUCCCAGCAUCGAAAGGCCCCUUCAGUUCACGACCAAAGGUGCUACCAGAGCCUGCGCGGACACUUCCAGCCGUGCGCGUGCGUCUGCAGCCGCUUGCCAUGUGUGUUUCCGUGUGCAGCCGGCACGGGGUCCAGGCUUUCCAGGCGGCACUCGUUAGGGUUCCUCAGAAUAGGGUCGUCGAAGGCCUGGACCUUCCCUUGCCGACAGCGGGGCCUGUGGAGGCCGCCAGGCCUAUCCUCCCGGCCUGGGGGUGCUGGGGACGUGCAUCCCCAUGCCCGUCUCCCGUGGGGUGGUCAGCCUGGCCAGCCAGGCCUCCGUGGCCGCGCACAGGGCAUGGUGGGGCCUGAAGUAGCGAAGGGAGACCCCGUCCGAGCGUCCCCUUGCUCCUGGGUGCUGUGGGGAAGGAGGAAGCCUGGAGCUGUUCUCCGGGUCUCCAGCUUCUCGCCCCCUCUCGUCUGCUGCUGACCGCCGAGGCUUUCUCACGGCGCAGCCUGCCCGAGGCAGCGGGAGGCCUCCUGUGCCCUGGGCAGCUUUCUCUCCCUCUGCUGCCAGGGAGCGGAGGCAUCCAUGCCAGUGGCAGAGACCAAAGCCCCAGCUUUAAACCAGACACUAGGACAGGCAGGCCAAAGUGGGGGGCCGAAGAGGAGGCCUGUGUUCUUCAGAAGGGCCAGGGAUCUGGUGCGUGGGGGUCGGGGGCAGCCCUGGGCCAUUGGCUGUCUCGGUUUGGCGCGAGUGGCACGCCCUGUGCCCUGCGUGAGCCGGUGUAGCUCGCUGGUAUGUGCGGUGACUGUCAGCUCAGAGCAUGAUGGCAGACGGUAGGAGGAGGCGGAGGGAAUCCAGUUAGGGAACAGAACGUGUGGGAGGACUCUUUCUUCCAAGUCUCCACCAGGGGCUACAGCCAGGCCUCCGGCCCUCCCCACCCCGGGGUGUAGGACGAGGGCCCUCGGAGGGUUUGGGGGGCUGGCACUCCCGGACCCUCCCCACCUGCCCUUGGUGUUGGCUCUGUGGCUGUCCAAGUGCCAAUUGGCUUCCCCCAAAUAAGGGCUGGUUUUCUCCUCUGUCCUUGGAGGUGAUUUCCCCCGACACCUCACCCCGGGUGAGCGACCACCGGGGUGUCAGUUACAGGUGUUUCCAGACCAUAGAAAUGUGUUUUCCUGAGAGUCUGUGUCAUUCGUGACUUUUUUGUAAAGAAGUUGUGUUUUCAGAGGUGAUUUUAUGACAGGAAAGUGAAAGAACUAGUUUUGCAAAAAACAAAAAAGAGGAAAAAAAAGAAAUAGAAAAAAAUAUUGUGGGAUUCCUAUGGGGUUGGGGAGGGAGGGGAGAAGAGAUAUUUAAAGAAAAACUGGUAACGCAGUGAUUGCACAUUGAGGUGGCAGUGUUAGGGCAGGAGUGGAGGGCAGCGGGCUGUGGCGGCUGCCCGCCUUCAUGGUGAGGCAGAGAGAGCCUGGCCCAGACCCAUGCCUGUCCUCCCUCCAAGGAAAGGAUGCUGGCUGGUUCCAAGGGAACUAGCCAGAAGCUGCAGGGCCACGCACAUGGAGCUGAGAUUUGGGGAGGUGGGGCAGGCAACAGGGGGCCCACCGCCGCAGGGCCCCGUCAUUGGCGACUCUCCAGGAAGGCUGGUGAGUCCGUGCAGUUGGGUUUCUUGCUCUCCUCCGUUCCUCCCUUGUUGGGCCAUCUGGUCCCUCCCACCGCCACCCCAUGGGGGACGUCUCCCCGUCACCCAAAGACCAGGACCUCCUGUGCUCCCCUGGCCAUGGAGGGGGACCAGGCUUCAGGAAGACAGGAGCUGCGGACUCGGGGAGACUUAGGUGGUGACCCUAAGGGGUUGGGGGUUAGCAUGGAGAGAAGGGCAUGCCUACCCCUUCUCUUUCCACUGGUGGAUGGUUGCCACCCUGACCCCUAGCCUUGCAGCCUCACCCCCCUGGGCAUGUGCAGAGGCAUGCGGGCUCACUGCUCCGAGAUGAGCAGCUCCCUGGUGGGCCUUAGUGGGCGGCGUCUCGAGCAAACAGAGCCCUGCUGACCCCCCUCCCAGGGCGGCUGGGAGCAGGGCCCCACGCACCCACACACGCUUGCACGGAUCAGCCUCCCAUGGGCCCUUCCCCCUUGCUGCUUUUCCAUUUGCCUAAUUACCAAGCAGAAGUUGCAGUCUGGUUUGCUUUAUUUUUACAUGUGAAAUACCCCCAUCGCUGAUCUCCCAUGUUCAAGUAUUGGCUGGGGCAUCGGUCGUGUCCCCUUAAUGCCACCUCUUCCUACCCACAUAUCAUAGGAAACAGGUGAGGUUUGGUGUCUCUGGUUUGAGAUGGGAAGUUGGGCCAUCCCUGUGUUGUUCCCCUCUCUGACCCUCAUUUGCCCAUCUGUGAAAUGGGUGUAUGGGGAGCAAGGCCUCUUAGGAAAGCACUGCUGGUGUCCAGGCAGCGUCUGGGGAUUAGGUGAGUGGUGGUUACGGUUGCUGGCCCUGGGCCUCCAGCCUCCCACAGCCCCUGUUGUCCUCACCUGCAGAAGGGUCAGGGUCCCAAUGAGUUCCAUCCUUCCUCUGCCCUGGAGAGAGGAUGAUCGAGUCCCCAGCCUCACUGAGGUGGGCAGGUUGGAGGGAUCACCCCAUUUAUGGAAACGGGAGCUCCGAGAGGCAGGGAUGCUGCAUGGGAGUGUUCUGGCCUUUGGCAUUUCUAAAGCCCCUUUAAAUCCUGGGCCCUGGGCCCUGGAGCCAGGGGUCCUGGGUGAGGGGUCAGCCCAGAGUAGGAAGUGUUGGCUCGGGCCUGAGCGUGAGGCGGGACCGCUCCAGCCGUCCUGACCUCUGGGGCAGAUGAACACCGUCUCAUGGGUUUGGUUUGAUUUUGCACUUGGCCCACCCGGACAGUGGAGCCCCACCUGUCAGCUCCACUCCCCUGAUGCACUAGCCCAAGGCAGCCCUUGGGGGCUUGUAUGGUUUAAGGAAUCACUUUUUAAACAAAAGUGUUUAAAGGUUUUUGUUUUUCUAUCUGCAUCUCCUGUCAGAUUCAGAAAGCCCAGAAUCAUGGCCUCAAACUACAGGAGAGGGUCUCCCAGCCGGACCUGACCUAUCCUGCUGACAGUCACCAAGAGGCCAAAUGGGGCAGGCUGGGUGGGGACUGGGAACCCCCUCCCAGGCCUGCAGGUGUCCCCUCCCCCCCAAGGAGUCAGCGCCUCACUCCAACAGUGAGUGAGCCCUACUGUGUGCAAUGCUUCCGCCAGGCAAAGGGGGGCUGAUGGUGUGACGGGGGACCCCUUCACAAGGGGCCAGCAUGGAAGGAACGGUUCUGGGGCCCGCCCCUACCUUGGCCAGAGUGGAGAUGGAGACUUCUUUUUUGUUGGUUUUAAUUUAAAAACAAAGGCCUAAAGAAAUGUAUCUUAUAAUUUUUUUAAUUUUUGAAAAGCUCAUUUAAUGAACUGUGCACGGAUGAAUUCUAUAUAUAUAAAGUAUACGUAUAUAGCUCUAUAUUUGGGGGGGCACUCUUUUCUCUUUCUCAUUUUAAAAAUGAAGUGUUGUUGCCUUUGUCUGUGGUUCAGCCAUCCAGCUCCCAGCUGGCUAAACUUUGCCUCCGGUGGUUAAAGAGAGGAAUCGGGGGAGUGGGCACGUCCCCCCUGCAUGAGGGGUCCCCGUCCACCUGCCCCCGCCCCUGCCCCAGAGGCUGCGUGGGGAGAAGACAGCCUGUUCCCUGUUCCGGGUGUGGGUUUUGGUUCUGUUCUGGAUUCGGUGGUUUCUGGGCCGGGGGAGGGGUUCGUGCUGAUUACUCUCGUCUCGUACGUUUUGUUCUGCUGCUCUUUGAUGUAUCAGUGCCAGGAAGGGGGCCGGAAAGCUUGCUCCCCGAAUAAAUUGUCACAUUCCAA